AUGCGUUCCUCCGCUGUGUUGAUCCUUGCUGCUUUCGUGGCUGAAGCGACUGCUUAUUACAACUACACCUUCCCAGCUGGCUUCAACCUGGGCGAAGUUUCCAGUUCCGAUUUGAGUUCAUGGUGCCUGGGUGAACGCAACACUUGCCCUCUUGUCUGCGGAGGAUCUGCUUCUGCCAAUGACUGCGAUGCUACAACCCUUAACUUCGACUGCACUUGCGCCAAUGGCACCACUCCCGACCUGACCCCAUACCAGAACACCAUUCCCUUCUACGUAUGCCAGGCAAACUACAAACAGUGCAUCGCAAACAACCCCAAUGACCUCGAUGCGCAGAAGGCAUGCAAGGCCAACGCAACUUGCGGCACGAUCGAUCUCUCUGCCACCUCGAGCACAAGCUCCUCUGCCUCUUCCACUACCGCAGCAUCAACUACCGGCGCCAGCACCCUCGCCACUACUGCUGCCGCAACUACUGGCACUGCAUCUGGAACUGCAUCUGGUACCGCUGCUAGUUCGACUGCCACCCACGGCGCGGCGGCUCUUCAGAUCUCUUCAGACCGUGCAACUGGUCUCUUUGCCGCUGGUUUGCUUGCAGUCUUUGGCAUGCUGCUAUAA